AUGAAUUACACGUAUCUGCUCUACGUUCAUCUUCUACUCUCAUAUUUUACGGAGAUUCACUCGUCAGCCAAACCAUAUAAAGAGACAAAAUCGCAAAAGAAAGAGCUGAAACCACUCAAAGGACCUGACUCAACUUCAAGGACCGAUGAAGACAACACCCAAAACCGGUUCCUAAGAACGUUCCUCCUCAAUAGGCAGAAACGUCCACGAUCUUCCACAGAAAACUCUUUUCGACGCGUCCGCAAGAUAACGAAAAGACCAACAACGACCACAAACUGUAAAAUAUUCUGCCGCAGUGGUUAUCACCUUCAAAUUCUCCCCAGCGGGGUAGUGAGGGGUACGGUUGACCAGGACAGCGAGUACGGUAAGAAUAAGUUGGUAAAUAUUACAAUCAUUAAGUGUUUGAAACCUCAGUGUAUUCAAGAAAAAUUCAUUGCAGUCCAUAUUUGAACUUGAAUGCGGCGUAAAACAAGACUGCUGAGAUUACUCUAGAACCUCAUAAGAAUCACUCAAAGGCGAGUCGUUACAGUUUGGUACAACAAUGGCAACAACCAACGAAUGAUGCCGAGAAAUUGUUUGAAGUCGAAUCGCGUUAUUGCGGACACCAUCGGGGGGAAGAUUUAGCGUCCGUAAUAGCGAGAGUCUAUAAUAGCAGGGUACGAGAGAAAAAAAUUUGUUUUGUGUCUAAACUUUUGAAAUAAUAUGUAACUACGCAGACAUUAAGUUUCUAACGUGGCCUCGCGAACCUGAAAAAGAUCCAGCCGCAAGCAGGAAAUUCUCUUGUCCGCACCCAAUUGAAGAAUGGUUUCGCUGUCGCUUUAUAUUGUGCGAGUCAGGAUUUUGGACGAAGUACUAAGUGUCCGCUAUAGCGCGAGAAAAAACAAGUGAAAUGUCGCGCUGGGGGACAAAAGUACCUGCAUCAAUAAUAAUAAUAAUAAAAUGAUAACAAUGAUAGCAACGGGAAUCUGUUUCAGUCAUUUUUUUAAGCGCAAUGGCGGCGUGUCUGUACUAGCGAGGUGUCCGCAGGGAGAGAGUCGAAUGAAGUAACAAAUUUCUAACGAGCAAUGCUAAAGGUCGCUUACACUUAUUUCUUUGAGUCCUCGUUGGUUCCCUUGUCUGUAAUAUAACCUUUGUCCUGACGAAGGUUUGCGGCAUUCAAUGGAAAUGCGCUGUUUUACGACCUAGGGGCGGUCUCCAAGCGAAAACCUCCUUCGCAAAGGUUUUUGGUUUGGGCGUUUAUUAAGAUUGCGUGUGAAGCCGCCCCAAGAACAUUUAGGCGGGAAACUUACGGCCAAUGAAGAACCUGAUCAUUACCACUAUGUGUUUUUCUGCUCCCAGUGUUGUUUGAGAUGCAGUCAUUCGGGCCCAGUCUCGUUAGGCUGAUGAGUCCAGCGACGGGCAGGUAUCUAACUAUGAAAAGAGAUGGAACACUUCGUGGGUUGGUAAGUGAAUUAAUUCUUAGCCUCAAGUCAGGAACUGAUGUCACAAGAGUAACCUUUAACAAGGCGUAAGUGUAGAAAAAGUCAAGAACUGAUGUCACAAGAGUAACUUUUAGCAUGGAAAGGAUACUGUUACAUUCAAAUCAGGAAGUAGAAAUGACUUCUGGCAAGAAAAACUUCGCGAAGCUUUUUAAAAGUAAGGGUUGGAUUCAAUAAGUUUGUUCAAACGUGAAUCAGCGUGGUUUAUCUUACUGCAUUUGGAUAUCCUGCUUUUUUAACGUUUUUCAAUCACGUGGUUAUGAUUCAAAUUUUGUUUAGCUAUUAAAAUUAUACAUGCGGGACUAACAAUCUAUUGUAGUGAGAGUUUGACUGUUGUUUGAAAAAGAGAGAGGUUACCAUACAUUACUGACUGACUUGUGUAGGAAACCCAACUUUUCUCGGUUUCUAUAGGAUGAAGCCGGACUCUGGGUAAUUGCUACUCCCAUACUCGCAUACUGGUCCAUUGCAGAUUACCCCGUGUACCUCUAACUUCCACCUUUUGCUCUCUUUCAGAGAAGCCAAACCACCCGAGACUCGCUCUUCAAAGAGACUCACGAAGAGAACGCGUUUCACUCUUAUGCGUCUUACAGAUAUUACAGAAAACAGCCACACGACAUGUUGGUUGGAAUCAAGAGGAACGGGCAAAUAAAGCGCGCCACGAAGACUUUUUAUGGACAAACUGCUACACAGUUUCUUGUCAUCAAAUUUUGA